AUGGACUCUCAGUAUAAACCGCUUGACCCCAAAGAUGAGACGACGAAAAAUGCAUAUACUACGGUUUUUCAGACGCUUAGAUUCAUCAUUUCUAAUCCUGAUAAGGGAGAUGUUGCUGUUCAAAUGUUAUCAAAGUCUAAAAUAUUUCAAGAGAGACUUCCAAGUCUGGAUUUGAAUACAAAAAGGCCCUCGAAGCAAGCCAAAGCUUUUUUCGAGCAUCUUAAAAGAUACCUAAAUAUGUAUCGGCCAGAUGCUGGGAUUGAACUGGGGGAAACUCUCCGCUAUUCUAAUUCGAAGAAAGCAGAAGCGUGUAUACUCGCCACAAAACGUUGGACGAAGGGUGAAAUAAUACGAUAUUGCAAUGGAAUCCUAGUCGAAUUGACUAAAGAAGAGGAGUCAAAGUUGGACGAUGAGAAAGAUUUCUCAAUAAUCGCUUCAGAGCGUAAAAAACGAAAUUGUGUGUAUGUUGGACCUGGUCGUUUCGUGAAUCAUGACUGCGAUCCAAAUACAGCUUUUUAUAUACAAGGAUCUCAAUAUAUUGUCUCAUUUCAAGUAUUAAGAGAUAUUGAAUUAGGUGAAGAAAUAACAUGUUCAUACGGAACAGACUAUUUUGGAGAUAAUAACUGUGAAUGUCUAUGUCUGACUUGCGAUAGGCGAAAGAUGGGUGCUUUUGCGGAUAAAAAAGGAAAAGGCAAAGAACCUGUAUAUGUAACUAUCUCUGAAGAAGACGAGAGUAAUAACAAUCAUAAGGAACAACAACCACAAUCACCAGAAAUUGGCGUGCGUACAAGAGGAUACCAUCGAGUACGCUCUUCUCAGGUUGCCAAGCAGUCACAGAAUAUACCAUCUUCUUCAACUAGUUCUUCAAAGACACCAAAUAAUCAAUCUCAGACAGCAUCUACUUCAACAAGUCAAGCUCCGCAAUCUCAAUCUCCAAAUUCGCCUUCUUUGAGACAUCGACAAUCACAAUCACCGCAACCUAUGUUAAAGCGACCGCUUUCUGCACAAUCUCAGUCUCGAGAGUUGAAUUCAAUGCAAUCUACAAUACAGCGACCUCAAUCGGAACAGAAACCAUAUUUGAAUGUUAAUACACGACAAGAGAAUCUGUCUCAAAGUCAACCACCACCUAACACGCAUUCUACUCCACAAUCACAGAUUCAUCAAGCUGGGGCUCGACAUUAUUCUAACCAAUCGCGAUUCCGCCAUGAUAAUAUGCGUCAGGGUCAAUUCCAGCAAUCAAAUUCUUUAUAUUUACCGACUUCAAAUAAUUUUCAUUCCAAUUUCGGCGCGAAUCAAGUUCAAAGAAUCAGUUUUCCGUGGACUAUAUCGCAGACAGUUCUUCCAGGGCAAAUCAUGACAACUGGAUUCUCUAUUACUGCAGGAUUUUGUGUGUCUACUACGCCUGGAAACGCUCAGCCAAUAAUGAUUCCUCCACACUUGUUACAAUUUACGUCGAGACAGAUUCCUAAUAAUAUAUCGGCAAGUGCAACAAGUCCUCGAAGUCCUCGGAUGUCAAUCAAUUUUCUCGUGAAUGAGGAUAUGGAUAUAGAAGGCGGCGGCGGUAGAUUACAGACUCAAUCUCAGCCUAUCCAACCGUGCCGUAUUCAAGAUUGUAGUAACACGAGUGCCCCAGAUGACCGAUUCUGCUUGAGAUGCCGCAGACAUAUCAAGAUAUAUAGAAUGAAAUGGCCCGCGCGUGUUUCUUCUAAUGAAUCGUCAGUAGUGAAUGAGCAACAAGUAAUUAAGAAGCAAUCUGCAACACGUGUGCAAAUGAUCUCUGCACGUGCAACGUCCUCGAAGCCAGUUACUUCGAAUAAAACAGCUCGUAAAGAAUCAGUAAAGGGAAAAAACGUGGAAAUUGUGUCAUUCGGUGAUGUCUCACGAUGGCAACCCUAUCAGGUCUCGGGAUAUACUACAACAAAAAAUUCUUAUUCCACCUCGCAAGAUUGGGCGGGCCGAAGCUCAAUACAUGUACAUGAAUAUUAUGUUCAAAAAAAUACCAUCAAGUUACGCUGGGACCACCAAACGGGUUAUGUUCACAUCACCCCAAUGUGGAAGUCCACGGGGCUUCGACCUCGGGCAUUGGGUGAUGUGAUAGCCCGAGAUCCAAGGUGGUCCCAGGCAAAGAAGAUAAUUGGUGGGUGCACGGAGCUUCAAGGCAUUUGGCUACCUUAUGCUACAGCCCGUGAAUUUUGCGUGGAAUAUAAAGUCGACCCAAAGAUUAUUCAACCAAUCUUUGGGUGCGACUGGUGGGUGAGCGAGGAGGAGGAGGAGUUGCCAGAUGUGGUGAUGGAAGAUAUUUUGGAGGUGGAGCCAAUGGUGAGGGGUGUAGAGAGCGGGGAUGAAGAAGCCGAUAAGGAGAGACCGUCGAAAAGACGAAGGUUGGAGAACGGCUUCGACAGGGAACUCCAAUUUGCUAGGAACGCGACUGUGCUGGUGGCAGGUCGUUUCCUCGGCGAAGAGGAGUUCAGGUUCAUUGGCGACCGAAUUUUUAGAUUAGGUCGCUAA